AUGUUUACCUGUGAUAAACUUUUUUAAAUGAUUCUAAUUAUGGUCAUAGUUUUAAGGUUUGUGUCUAAUUAGAGUUGUCCUUAUAAUGAAUAUGAAUAGGCAUUAAUACCUCUUGAAUCUCAAUUUGAAAGUAAUCAAUUUGAUUCUUUUGUUACUUUGGAUGUUGGGGAAUCAUUUAGUUUUGGUUUUUGGAGUCUUUGUAUUCCACAAUUAAGUUUGAAGAGUAUUACUUAAGUGGAAUAAGAUUUUAUUUCAACAGAUGCUGAAUUAGGACAAUUAUAAUUUUUAGUGAAGGGACGCACAAGCAAUUCAUUGUUAGGAUUUGUUUAUAUAGAUUAAUAAACGAUGUUAGUUAGACAUAAAAUAAUUAUUUUAGGAAGUAAAUAGAUAAGUUUAGAGUUUGAUUUUAAACCAAUAAAUUAUCAAUCUAAAUGGAUUCUGAGCUAUAUAACCUUUAAUUUCUUAGAAGGAAAGAUCGUAGUUGAUAUGACAGAUUAAAUAAGAAAGAGUGGAACAAUGAAUUUUGAAUAAGAUUAUGUUUAAAUAAUAUAAGGAGGAAGAGGCUAUGUAUAUUUAUAUUUAUUUCCAAAAAGAUAGAAAAUUUUAAUCUCGGUGUAUUUAAAGGAAGAUUGUCGAAAAUAUUUGUGAAUAAGUUUGAUCAUCUAGGUUAAGAUUUAUUUGAAUAUAUGACUAUAAAUUGUUAGAUUCCUCCUCUAAUGAAAGAUGAAUAAACAAGCUAUUUAGUCAAAGGAUUACAAAUUUUUGAAGGUGAUACAUCUCUUUAAUAUACAAUAAAUUAAUUUGGAAGUAAGUUUUGUCUUUCUGGAUGGGUUAAAUAUGAUAUCUCAAGAGUUAUUUAAGUUUCAGUUUAUCCAUUGAUUAGAAUAAGUCUUUUUAAAAAUUAUUUUGAUAAAUCAAGAAUUGGUGAUGAAAUAUUUUUAAUGCAAAUUAUGUUUAAUAAACGUAAACCUAAAUUUACUACAAUUUCUAUUAAUCUUGAUCAUCAUAAAAUUCCAAUCAUGGGGAAUAUUGGUUGGCAUUCUAAUGAUCCAAUUCAAGUCAUUUAGGAUAUUAUUUAUGAUGUUAAUUCUGAAAAUUAUUUUUAAGGACUACAGUAAUGGCAUUUUUUGAAAUAUGAGUAUGGCUCUUCAAUACCUGGAAAAAAAAGUUGCAUUUAAAUUAAAUUCUUUAAUAAUUUAAAUUUACUGGAGAAAUGUCGUGAUAUUAUUUAGCCAACCAAUUCUCCUUUUUAUGUAUAUUUAGGAUCUGAUGAGUACGUUAAUGAAUUACUUAAAGCAUCACUUUUUGAUUUUAAAUUAGAAUUUAAUUAUGUUGAUGAAAAAGAACUACUUUUUAAUGGUAAUCUAAAGAUAUAUAUUUUUAGCAUGUCAUUAGACUUGUUUAACUUGUGAUGGGCCACUUGAAAAUAAUUGUAUAAAUUGUGAAUAAAAUAUAAAUAGAUACUAUUUAAAUGAACAAAAGAAAUGUUAAUGUCUAUAAGGAUAUAUGGAAGUAUAAAAUGAAAAACUCUGUCAAUAAUUUGAAUAUCACUUUUCAUCUGUUUAGAUAUAAGAAUUAUAUAUUCUUGCAGAUUAUUAGUGUAAAUUUGGAUAUUUCAUUUUUUAAAAUGAAAAGGAGUAAAGUGUUUGCAUAAAAUGGUAUUAACAAAAAUUUAUUAUUAUUAAGUCCAUAAUCUAAUUUCUUAGAUAUAUUAUGUGUUGAUUGUAUUUACUAUCCGUUGAGUUGGUAUUUAAAGCCAAUCUGUAAAUUCGACUUAGUAUCUAAGAAAUUGACAUAGACUGAUGCUUAUAAAUAUGAAAAAAGAGAUAUUUACGAUUAUGACUUUUAUUUGAUUGAUUAAAAUGGACAUUUAUUUCUUCAUUCAGGCUACUAAGACUAUUGUGAUCCUGAUUUAGAUUCAAUUAAUUGCUUUCAAGCAAAAUAUCGACAUUUUGGAUAAACUAUAUUUGUAAAAUGCAAACCUAACUAUUAUUAAUUUAAUGGAGAUUGUAUAUUUACAAACAUAAAUUGUCUAUUGGCAUCCUCAGAUGGAAAUUGUAAAAAAGUUAGAGAUGGUGCGUAUCUUCAUAAUGGCUAAUAUUAUUAAUGCCCUAGAACUUGUAAUACUUGUAUUUAUGAUAAUGAUAAAAAUAAUCUAUAAUGUUUGUCUUGUAUCAAUUAUUAUGCAUUAGAUGAUGGAAGUUGUUUUCCUUGUGGAAAUUUUUGUAGUAUUUGUUAAAAAUACAAUGAUAAAAAUAUAAAUAAAUCUUAUUUAAAAUGCUUCAAAUGUUUAGAUGAUUCAAAAUACUUUUUAUCUUUUGAUGGCAUAAAUUGUUUCUAAAAUACCAUCAAACAUUGUGAUUAUGCUUUUUAGGCAGUAUAAAACGAUUACUAAAUUAAUACACUUGACUUAUAUUUUAUCCCAAGAGAUGAUUGGGAUAAUAUUCAUACAACUUGUGGUAGAUGUGAAUAUGGUUAUGGAGUAAUACUAAAUUCUCAAAUUUGUCUUAGAAUGAUCGAUGUUAAUUGCUAUUUCUCAUAUGUUUAGUAGAUUUGUGACACAGUCAUCGAUGAUACUAUCUUAGAUAUAUUGUAUUACGUCGAUUAUUAUACAACUCCUACUGGUGAAAAGAUUACUUAUGCUUUUGAUGAUGAUUGGAACUAUAUCUGUACAUCAAUAUAAUAUUGUUUAAUUGGAACUGAUUAUUAUCAAACAGAAACAUCUUAAAUUAUCUAAUUCAAUAAACAAUGUCUCAUAUACAUUGAAAAUUGUGCAACUUGUUUAAUAGAGAAGACUCAUUGGAUAAAUACUGUUUAUAUCUGUCUAGAAUGUAAAAGUGGGUAUUAUGCAGAUAGAAUUUCAGGUAAAUGCUAUUUAUGUCCUUCUGAAUUAAAUUGCUAUAAUUGUGCACAACAGUAAAAAAUUUCACAAGACUAUUGGAAAAUUAAUAUCAGAGCUUUAUAUUAAAUUGUAAUUAAUUUUGAUAAUAAUCAUCCAUUUAAACUCUAUGCCUAAAGUGAAAAUAAAGAGGAUUGUGAAGUCAUAUGUACAAUGUGCAUCAAAGGAUAUGAAUUAGUUUAAUAAAAAUGUAUUAAAGCAUGUCCAGAAUCGUGUUUAGAGUGUUAAUUUAUUAAUGGUGAGAAUUAAUGUAUUAGAUGUGAACUAGAGCAAUAAGGCAGAAAACUUAGCUUAUCAGAAAAUCAAUGUAUCACUUGCCCAUAAAAUUGUGCCUUAUGUAGAAUCAGAUCAGAUGAUGAGAUCUCAUCUAUUAAUCCACUCUUUAGUAACUAUUAAUAUCUCACUUCUACAUAUCAAUGUUUAAAAUGUUUUGAUGAUCAAGAUUACUAUUAUGAUUAAGAAUUAGGAACGUUUAUUGCAUGUUCCAAUAUAGAUACUUGUGAGAAAUAAUUUAUUAUCCCUAUCAAUUUAUAUUGCUCAAAACAAGAAUUUACCUAAGCUUUAAAUGAUUUAUAAUCAACUUACUAAUAAAAUUAAUUUAAAUUAAAAAAUAUCCUUUUAGAAGAUCUAACUUCUGGCAAUAGCUUUAAAGAGGUAAUUUUUAUUAAUUAACCUAGUUUGAAACCAAUAAUUUUUAUUUAUCAGCCAAUUCAAAGCUUAUCAAAACUAUUAUUAUUAAUAUUCUUAGUGCUAAACCUUAAACUUGUAAAAUUUAUGGAAAUGCUACUAUAUAAUCAGUUUUUAGUCAAAAUAUAUUUUCUACAAUGUAAAUUUUAAAAUUAUAAUAGAAAUGUUGAACUAAAUAUUGAAUUUAACUAACAUACUGUUAUUGAGUUUGAGAGAACUAUCACUUUCUAAAAUUUCAAUAAAAUUACAAUCCAAGGUGCUACAUUUAAUCCAUUAAGUAAUAACAAAUUAAAAUAAAUAAUAUUUUUGAGUAAAAUACCAUAAAUAAUUAUUUUGAAAUCUAUUUAAUAUUAGCAACUCAAUUUUGUAAAUGAUUAAUCUAGAUUGAUAUUUAAUGAUAUUAAGAAACUGGAUUUAAUUGAUUUCAAAAUUAUAGAUCUUAUUUAAAAUACCAUAAAUACAUUUAUUUACAUUGCCAAUACUACUUAUGAUAAAUAAAUAACACUAUCCUCUUUUUAAAUUAUUAAUUCUAUACUCUAAAAUUAAGUAACUCUCUUUUUUAAUCUUAAUAAAAAUGAUAUGAUUUCAAUUACAGAUGGGUUCAUUCAAGCACAUUUUGUAAAUUCAUCUUUAAUAGAUACAAAAAUGACUAAAUAAUUUGGAUCUCUUGUUUUGAGCAAGAUUGAAUUUUAAGUAGAUGUACUAAAUUGUUUAAACUUUUUAAAUUUUUAACUUUUUAAAAAAGUAAAGAUUUCUGGAAUAAAGUUUCAUAAUUCCUUUAUUCAGAUUUCAACUCUUAUUAUUUUGAAUAAUAAUAAUCAGAUUCAUGACUUGAUUAUUAAGGAUUGUAAAUUUAGUGAAAGAAGCUAUGGAAUAGUAAAUUCUGAUUCACUCUAAUUGGAAUACUUAUAAAUAGAAUUAUUCAAUUUAAUAUUACAGGAGAAUGAAUAUCAUUAAACAACAAAAUUACUCUCAUUUGAUAAAUACGAUAAUGUUUAUUCAAAAAUAAUGAUUAAAAAUAUUUUAAUCUCUAAAAAUUAUGUUUCGUCAAUCACUCCAGAUUUUAAAUUAAAUACUUAAAGUUCUUGUGUUAUCUAUAUAUCUAUAGAUUAUAUUCUAAUUUCAGAACUUAAUAUAAUCAGAGGAGUUGGAUUGAUUGAUUUCAGUAUAGUUGAAGCAAAAGAGUUAAAAAUAGACUCUAGUAAGAUCACUUAAGGAGAUGAAUAUAAAUUUUUAGGACUUCACUAAUAUCUAGACUGCUAAUUACAAUAAGUUAACGGUGAAUAUUAUUUGCAAUCUCUUUUUAUAACUUCAGUUCUUAAUUUUGAAAUAGUAGAUAUGUAAAUUACAUAUACCUAAUCAUAUAAUUCACCCAUUCUUUACUAUAAAUCUUUUGACAAAGGAAAGUAAUAAUAACUUGAAACAAUUUUGAUGUCAAAUAUAAUAGUUGAAUCAAAUCUAUUAUUAUUAUCUAAUUCAAACUAUUAAACUGCCAUAAUCUUUAUAGAUUCAGUUUAACAAACCAACAUAGAUUUAUACAAUAUUACUUUUUCUGGAAAUACUUUGCAUGAAUAUGUUUAAAAUAAUCUUUAAAUUUCUUCAUUACUCUUAAAUUUAAAUUCAAUUUUGGGUGUCAUCACAAUAAUCAAUUCUAAUUUCCUUAAAAAUACAGUUUACAAUAGCACUGAUAAUUUAAUCUAUAUUAAAAGUCAGAAAUUGGUAUUAUAAAAUUGUACUUUUCGUUAGAAUAGUUAUUUUGACUAUUAAUUAAUUUAACCAUAUUUAUUAUGGGGAUUUUUUGAAUCAGAAAAAGUAUCUAUUGAAUAACUGAAUUAAAUUUUCAAAGUUAAAUCUACCUCAGGAGUUGCUUAAUUAUUAAUUGAAAAUCUUGAAAUUUAAUACUGCAAUUUUGAGUAAUCAGUGGGAUUUUCUGGUGGAGCAUUGUAAAUUAAGGCAUAAAAAAAUAGUCUUAUAACUAUUUCAUAAAGUUAAUUUAAAAAUAUCUCAACUACCUUUUCUUAAGAGUUAGGAUUUGGAGGAGCAAUACAUUUAGAUAGUACUUCAGCAUAAUCUCUGGAAGUUACUUUUCAAUAAAUAUUUAUAGAAAAUAUUGCAGCUUAAGAACAAGGAGGUUUUAUUUACAUACUAUCAGAUUCUGCUAGAGUUAAUGUGUCAUUUUAGUAUUUUAAAAUUCGAAACGUUUAUGCUAAGCUUGGAUCAAUCGUAUAUUUUACCUUCACUUCUAUUUCUUCGAAUUAGCAGUGUAUUAAUCUUAAUUAAUUUAUUAUUGAAAAUACAAAUGAGGGUUUUAAAAGUUACUUAAAUAAAUAUACUUAACUUUCUAAAACAGAAGAAAUAGCAAUUAUGAAUAAAAGAGCCUUAUUUUAUAUUGAUUCAGUUAGAAAUAUAAUCAUUUUUAACACAGAGAUUCAUAAUUUAAUUUUAGAAUCUGUAUUAUAAACAAAUAAAGCUUAAAUUGUUUCAAUUCAAAAUUUUAAAAUAUCAAAUAGUCUAAUAAUUAAUGAUAUUUUAAGUUUGCAUCCAAACUAAUGUAAAAUAUAUUAUUUAAUUAGAUUUACCUAAUACUAUCCAGAUCAGCGGUCUUGUAAUAUCUAACAUUACUUUGGAAUUAUAGUUAAAGUAUUAUAAUUGUAUGUAAUAAGAUGAUAAAGAAUACACAGUCUAUUUUAAAUGUAUUCAAAAUGCCAAAAAUAAAUAGGCACCUCAAAAUUUGUUUUCAUAAUACAUUAAAAACAAGUUUAAUUAUGGAGAAUGCUUAUUAUCCUCAAUCAAAUAAUAGAAUGGAUAAGAAAAUAAUUUAAUGAUUGAAGAAACUGGAUCAGGAUUAAUAUCAUUUUUAGACCUUACAAAAUCAAGUUAAAUAAAGUUAAAUAAUCUAGUAUUUUCAUAAAUUAAUUGUAAUGUCUGCUAGAAUGUCUUAUUAUUUUAUUCCUUUUUGAAGAUUGACGAUCUUAUAAUGAAAUAAUACAUCUCUAAACUCAAAAUUACUAAUUCUUCGUGUGGAGUUUAUGGGUGCUUUUAUAUUAAAAAAGAGAAUUCUCAUAAUAAUCGUAGAGCUCUUGUUAAUGAAGAUAAAUAUUUAUAAUCUUUAAAAUUGGAAUUCUUUAUAGAUAAUUAUGUUUGUUAAUAUAAUAAAGCUCAAAAUGGAACUUGUUUAUUUGUUGAAAAUGUUAAAAUAUUGAUUGAAAAUUCAUUUUUUUAAUUUAAUAAUGCAACCGGAAAAGGAGGAGCUAUGGUUGUCAAGAUGAAACAAGAUGUGUUAAUUGUUAAUAGUUUAAUAUAGCACAAUUCAGCCUAAACAGGAGGAGGAAUUAAUCUAAUUGAUCAAUAAGAUAUGGAUUAUUUAAAACUUGGAACUCGUAUACAUAAUAACAAAGCUGAAUUUUUUGGAAAUGAUAGGGCUUCAUUACCUUAAAAAUUAACAAUUACUUUGAAUGAUGAAAGUACUUAUUUUGAAACUGAAACUAUUUAAGAAACAUAAGAACUAUUAGUUUAAUAAGUAAUUGUUCCAUCUGGUAAAUUAAGCAAACAAUAAUAUAUUUUAUUGCCAAGUGGUCAAUAAAUUUCACUAUAUGAAUAAUUUAAUAAAAUAAAUAAAACAUAUUCUCCUUUCAAUUAAAAGUUUAGAGUGAUUGCUUUGAGUCAGGAUAAUAGUGUGAUGAAAAAUGUAUUAAAUUCAAUUUGUGAUAUUGAUAGUAGAAUUUUAAAUAUUUCUAAUUUAAAUGAUGAUAAUAUGUUUAGUAAUAAUCUUACUAAUAUAAAGAAUAUCAGAUUUAAUAACUAAACUUAAGACUAUAAUUUGGAUGAUUUGAUUGUAAAUUUUGAUAAUGCUUUGCCUUCUGAAAUUGUAUUAUAAUUACAGUUUAGAUGUAAUUCAAUAUUUAUUCCAAUUUACAAUUAAUAAUACCCAUAUAAUUUGAUACGUACACACUCUAAUUAUAAAUUAAGAAUUAAUAUAAAGACUUUAAGUUGUUAAUAUGGAGAGAUUAAAAAUAAUACUGAUUAUUCAUGUAUUCCUUGUAAUAGUGAUUAAGGUCUGUUUUCUUUAAAUUUAAAUUCUCAAAAAUGUGAAUUAAAAGAUGAUAUCUCAACAAUUAAUGUUUAACCAGCAUUAUUAAAUUUAAAAUUUGGAUAUUGGAGGCCAUAUUUUUAAAGUAAUAUAGUUAGUUAUUGUUUGAAUUAACCGGAAAAUUGUUUAGGUGGAUGGGAGGAAGGUGAUAAUUCUUGUUUUUUAGGACAUAUAGGAGCAUUAUGUGAAUAAUGUGAUUUAUAUAAUAUAAGAGGAGAUGGAUAUUAUUCUGUAAGUUAAAAAUAUUCUUGUGGAUCAUGUUUAGAAAAGGAAAAAAAUUCAUUAAUUAUAACUUUUGUGAGUAUUUGGUAAAGUUUAUUAUUAAUAUUUAAGGACUUUAAUAUCAAUAUUGAUUUCAGUUCAAAGUACAAUGAAAGCUAUAAAAGAAUAAGUGAGAAUUAUUAAUAUUAUGAUGUUAGGCUUAGCAGUAACAUAAAAUUAUAAUCAAUCAGCUAUAUUGAUAAAGAUGCUAACUAAUUACUUGUAAAUAAUUUCAUCAAUAUCUACAUUUUAAUUAAAACUACCUAGUGGACUUAAAAGUACAAUAAAUGUAGUUGGAUCCCCAAUCUAGACUUUGACUUAUUCAUUGGAUUGUUUUCUAUCUCAUAUUUUUUAAUUUUAGAUUUAAUAUGCUAGAAUGGUUUGGUAGGUUAUUAUGCCUUUUCUUUAUAUUACAUUCUUUUUCUUUUGUUAUUUACUGGCUGUUAAAUGUAAGAAAAUUACUUUUAAUAGAAGUGUUAUUAGUACAACACUCAUUUAUAUGUACAUCUAUUUACAACCAAGUUUAAUUGGAGGAUUUGUUUAACUUGUAUCAUAUAGAGAGAUUUCAGGUUAUAAAUGGAUCCAAUCUAAUGUUUCUUAUAGAUUUGAUACUACUUAUCAUGAAAAAUGGAUGAUUGAGUUAUGUUUACCUAUGUUAUUACUACUAGCUAUUAUAAUUCCACUUUAUUUUUAUUAUGGUCUUUACACUAAUUCUAAUAAAUUAGAUAAUAAAAAAGUUAGACUUUAAUGGGGUUACCUUUAUAAUGAAUACACUAAAACUGCUUACUUUUGGGAAGUCAUCAAAAUAGCUUAAAAAGAAUUAAUGAUUAUUUUCUUAACGUAUUAUGAUGAUAAACUUAUUCUUAAAGCUACAAUUAUAUCACUUAUUAUUGGAAUGUAUUUGGAAUUAAGUUUAAAAUAUAAACCAUAUAAUCUAAAUAAUCUUAAUAAAUUAGAUUAUUAUUCUACAAAUGUGUGCUUAGCUUCAAUUGCUUUAGCUAUUGGUAUUCAUGUAUCAGAAUAAUCAGAUUCAUAAGAAAUAUAAAUUCCUUAUAUUAUAAUAAUAUCUAUUUUGAAUCUUAAUGUUCUAUACACUUUAAUAUCAAAGAUUUUAAUUGAAUACUUGAAAGAAAAAACCAGUAUUUUUGAUGAAAAGUUUGAUAUAUUUCGUAAUUCAAUCAGAAAAAAUUUCCCUUUUCUAAAUCAAAUUUCUUGUAUGAAAAGAUUAUUAACAAAUCGUCGUGCAUAACGUGAAAGAGUUGCUAAAUUAUAUCAAAAAUUAAAAAAAUUUGUAAUUCCUUAAGCUAGAGAGAUCAUUGCUUUGAAAAAUACUUAAAGUUAAAUUGCCAUAGAAAGAUAAACAGAACAAAAUAUUGAUUUUUACACUUUGGGUAUUGGAAGUUCAAAUUCAGCUAAAGAAAGAUAACAAUGUUUUCUAAAAUCUGUUCAAGAAAGUACAUUAAAUUUUCAAUGUUUAAAACAAAAGUCCUCUAGAUUUACUCCAGUUUCAUAAGAAAAUUUUAUCUUAGAGAACCAAGAAAUUGAUUUUAAUAAAUGA